AUGGAUUGUUAUUCUUGCUUCAGUCCAGUCAAACCUAAAGAGAAAAAAGCAACUUCUGCUCUUGAUUUCUUUGGUUCUACUCCAGUUGAAAGGGAAUCCAGGAAAAUAUUUGCUAAGAAAGAAAACAGGUGAAUAACUAACUACACUUUUUAAUUUCCACCCACAAUUUUUUUUGUAAAGAAAAAUUCAGGCAUCCAGUGUAUUUUUUUAACAGUACUUCAUGCAUCAUGCAUUGAACAGGGAAAGCUUCAAACCUCACCAUACCUUGCCUUUCUAUAAAAUUCAUGCAUCACAUGUUAAUUUUUGGGUGUAAUCAUGUAUCCCUUGUAACCCUCAGCCAAUCUGUUAUAGUUAUAUCAGGAUGGUCUACAGUGAACACAUAACAUGUCACAAAAUCAAUGGGUACCGGUAGUGACCAAUUGAGGAAUAGUUUUGGCAGAAACAACACCAUAGGCUGCCUUAAAGGAACAAGUCCUUUCACCUCCAAGAUAUUAAAAUCAGUUCUCUUUACUGUCAGUCACACAAGUGUCAUGAAAAUAUCUUUGAGAAUAUGGUGUUCAAUCAAGUGAUAUCCUCUUGUCUGAUGAUUUUCUUUCUUCUCAUCACAUUGCUUCUCAGUUGACUGUGAAUUGGUAUUAUUGCGAGAAAUUAGAAAAUUGAUCACUCUUAAGAGUGCAAAUUUUAAGCUUGGUCCAGAGCUUUAAGCCUUCCAAAUGAUCAUUCCUUAAUUCCCUGUUGAACCAUCAAUCAUUUUUUUUGUUUUCAUUUCCCACAGAGAUCUGACUCAAAGUGAACUUCAAUAGAAAAGAAGAGUAUAAAAAUGGGAGAGAAAAAGAAGGAAGAGAAAAUGGGAAUGUCAACCAUCACACAACAGAGCAACCAUCAAAGAAAAGAAAGGAAGACUUCUCAGAAUCAAAGUCUGAGGUUAAAAAGUCUUCCCCUGAGAAGAAAAAGGUUUGUAAGCCUUUUGAUUACCAUACUUUAUUGUUGCAAAAUUAAUCAUUACUAUUAAUACUUAAUUGAACCAGCUACCCUGAUACUAGAAUGGAUUGGAUCUGAUAUGAUUGCAUGUGUAAGGUAUGUGUCAUUAAGCACUUAAAUAAGUUACUUUUAGAUGAAACAGUAACAUUUUAUGACUAAAUUUGGCUUUGUUUGAGAUCCAAAAGCUUAUUCAAAUUUGUUAACUGGUGUUACAUUUUGUAUAUGUAAACCUGUCCUACUAUGACACAUUACUAACAAUACUUGCAACAAAACAUUACUUACAAUACUAACACUACUCAAAAUACUACCAUUACUGUACCUAGAAUUUAUACAAAAACAGUAACAAUAGUGACAAAACUUUUAGGUACAUUUUUGGUGAUUUUAACUUUGACAAUCCAGGAAGAUGUUGCCACUUUGUCUCCAUUUUUCAAAGCAGCAGUGUCUUUCACUAUCAACAUUCCGAUUUGGGACAACUCUUGCCUUGUGAGGACAACUCUUUGCUGUUAG